AGAAUGUUCCCCACGUCAUGCGCUCGCAGCUCUCCGUGUGCGCGCGUGGACGAAAGUGUUUCAGCGGGUGCUGCGUGCUUCUUCCACUCAGUAUAAUCCGCCUCACAGGGUCGGCAUGUAGUGACACCGUGAAUAUCUUGUGAAUUCCACUUGGAUUUAUUCAUCUCUUCAGUGCUUCGGAUGACGGAGGACUGACUGUCGAAUGCUUUGCAACGAAAUCUCUAAGCGGACGUGGUGCGCGGCCAGAUGCCCCUGAGCCCGGUGACCGCAUGGCUCCUGGUGACUUUGCUAGCUCCGGACCCUCUCCUGGCCUACGCACACUGGCAUCGAGGUGUGGUGACCUCGCUACGGCAUCAUGACCACGGCUUCCUGCGGUCGCUUCGGAAGAGGCAGGCGUCCACGACGCCGCCUCCUCCGACGGCGACCCGUAGCUUCGACGACGAGAGCAGCGGUACCUUGCCUGGAGAAGGCCCCACUUCACCCACGGAAACGAGUCAGCCUCACGUGGAUGUUUCAACGACCCACGAAAAGCACGCGGGACAUGGUGAGUCGGCCAAGGAUAUGCAUUGUGGAGAAGGCGAGGACGCGCAUGGUGUGCAGGUAGCCAGUCUACGAUGGGAGUUCGUCAGCGUGCCCUUCGUCUUCACAGUCUUCAUCAUCUUAGCUGGGCUUACGAAGCUCAUUUUUCACCAUGCCAACUUCCUGUCGUCGAUCGUGCCAGAGUCGUGCAUGCUGAUUCUCUUAGGAACACUAGUGGGAGGCAUCUCUCACUUCACGCGCUCUGACUACGUGCCUACGUUCUCUCCAGACUUGUUCUUCCUGUUUCUGCUGCCGCCAAUCAUUCUGGAGUCGGCGUACUCUCUCCACGACAGUGCCUUUUUUAGCAAUAUUGGGACUAUCUUGCUGUUUGCCGUUCUGGGCACAGUGAUCAAUGCCUUCACAAUAGGCCCCACUCUCUACUUUCUCAACAGCGUCGGCGCCAUCGGCUACUUGGACCUAAACCUACUCGAGUGCCUUGUGUUCAGUUCACUCAUCUCGGCCGUUGACCCCGUAGCAGUUCUAGCAAUAUUCCAAGAGGUGGGAGUCAACAAAUCGUUGUACUUCUUGGUGUUUGGAGAGUCCUUGCUCAACGACGCGGUGACGGUCGUGCUGUACAACAUGAUGGUGGGUUUUUUCGGGAGUGAAAUCACCGCUCGGCAGAUUGGAAUAGGAAUAGCAGCUUUUCUAUCCGUUAGCUUUGGGGCAAUCGCCAUCGGUUGCAUCAUGGGAAUGCUAACUGCUGUAAUUACUAAGUACACGAGUGAAGUUCGAGUGGUGGAACCGUUGGCGGUGCUGGGUAUCGCCUACUUCUCCUAUCUCAUUGCGGAACUCGUUCAUUUCUCCGGAAUCAUAAGCAUAAUAUGCUGCGGCCUUCUGCAAGUGCAAUACGCUAUGGGAAACAUUUCGAGGAAAUCUUACACAACAGUCAAGUAUUUUACGAAGAUGUUAAGUGCAGUAUCGGACACUGUCAUCUUCAUCUUCCUGGGUAUUGUGCUGGUGAACAAGCCGCACAAUUGGAACACGGGUUUCGUCCUCUGGGCCACUGUCCUCUGUCUCAUCUAUAGAUUUCUCACCGUGUUUGGACUCACGUAUCUUGUCAACACCUUCGGCCGUGUCAGGAGGAUCAACCUAGAAGAGCAGUUCAUAAUGGCCUACGGAGGCCUUCGCGGUGCCGUUGCAUUCUCUCUGGUCAUCAUGUUGAAUUCCUGCAAGUUCAUCAACUACGAAGUGUUCGUCACAGCGACGCUUUUCAUAGUCCUAUUUACGGUUUUUAUACAGGGUGCAUCAGUCAAGCCUUUGGUGAAUCUCCUCAAGAUUCGACUGCAUCAAUCUGGAGAUGACAAGCUUAUCACAGAGAUCAACAGCAAGCUUCUAGACAACAUCAUGCUUGGUAUUGAAGAAGUAACUGGACAUAAAGGAGGAAAUUACUGGAAGCAAGUUCUCGAACAGAUGGAUGAAAAGUACCUAAAGCCUUACUUGCAGCACAAGUCAGUACAGGACAAUCUCACCAGGGUGUACACGAAAAUUGUCCUUGCUGACCAUUAUGCUCAUCUGUAUGGCCCCGCAGCCGCGCUGGAAGAAAACAUUCCCCUGAAGAUCCAGAAGUCGUUUGAUGAGGGCAUGCUGGAUGCAUUGACUGAGGAGCAGUUGGAGGCAGGUGAGGAAGAAGAGGGAGACGAGGAGGAAGAAGGAACGGAAGGAGAAGAUAAAGGUCUUUUGGUCAACGUUAGUGUCGACAGGAAGAAUUCGGUUAUUCGGGAGCCCUCUGCUCCAAGACGUGUGCGCUUCACUCGAUUCGCGGACCAAGUGAGAGCAGCCUCACAGAGUGCGGACUUAUCUACCGAGAAGAGGCGCCACACCGUCGGUUCUAUGUUUUCACGGUCUUUCCAUCAGGAUUCAGUCGAGGCUGAAGACCCCACCAAGUUGCUCGUUAAAGCUUUUAAUGAGAAUCCUUACCAUAAGUAUCACCAACGCUACAACCGGAACCUGGUUGGAGAUGAUAAUCAAGAACUGGAAGCACACUUACGCGCCCGACGCAUCCGUGCCCAUCGUUUGACUCUUGCCACCAUGGCUAGCGAGAUGAGUUCUGCAGAAAUGAGCGUCGAAGGGAGCCGUACCAACCUGGCUGUUCCCGGUACGGCCACGACCCCGAGCGACCGACUAUCACCCGUUGCUCCCAGCGACGGUCUUCCAGACCGCAGACCUUCAGUUCAGUUCCGACGCAACUCUGCUGUGAGACAGAGUGCCUAUACGUGGCUCAGUCUAGCCCACAGGCGUCGAUCAAUGCUGCGGAAGCAGAGGACUACUUCCGUGGACUCGAGGAACAGGCCCAGUCUUAAGCUGGAAAGGCAAAGUGCCGUAACAGAAGAUGCCUCAGACGACAAUCUGGAACAGGGUAAAGGCGAGGAAGGCUCUACACCAGCACAAUCAUGCGAAGGGAGCCAAUCCCUGCCAUUGUCCACCACUGUCACAGUUCAAGUUGAUCCUGAUGAGAGGACUUCAGUGAGGCCAAAUGAAAACACGAAGGAGACCUCCUUCUAAUGCGACCUCACAAUUUGUGCUGUUCGACCACUUCACACGACUCAAGUUUCAAGCAACAAAUGAAGAUACCGCAAAUGAACCACUAUAAAUCGACGCUAUGUCAUAAUUGCAGACCUUCCGAGUUUCCUGCCCAUGCUACACUUGGUGAAUCUACCGUUUUGAAGUGGUGAAGGCUCUGGUACCAGAGCACAGAGCUGGUCUAGCAUAACCUCCACUUCUUAGCGCAACAAAUGUGUCUGGUGUGCAGUACGCCAGAAUAGGAUUUUACAAAUUUAUGAACUGAGCAAAGUGACGUGAUCUUCAGAUGCACUUCCAGCAGCAGACGACCGGUGCUUCUUAUGCAAUCCUGGACAAAGGCGUUAACUUACAAUGUUAGAACAAGUUACACAUAUAUUAUAUUCAUAGAGCUCUAUUAAAUCCAUAGGUGUAGGAAAGGAGUGUAACCCAAAAAUUUUAAAUGGGAAAUUAAGGGAAUGGAUAUGUUGUGGUCCAAUCGGUGGAGCUAUUUUACAUAGUGAAAUGUAAUGUAAUGCAGUUCUCAGUUGCCAUGUUGUGAUUUUUCUUUUAAGUGUUGCUUUAAUGUCUGACAUUUUAGUAGAUGUUGCGUGCAUGAUAUGCUCGGAAGCAAAUCAAGAAAACAUUCCCAUACAGCACUUGUUGUGUGAAGCCUUCUGAAUGAUUUUUAUGUUUCUUUGGCUGCACGUGCAGGGAGUUCCACAUAACGCUCACGGAAACAUCCGUUCUCCUGCAUAGGAUCCUCAGUAUUUUCUCCCGCAAGUGCAACACUUCACACAUGAUCUACACACAGGAACGUGAUCGUUUUCAUAUGUUUAGCUAGCCUACGGUCCUUUCACUUAAUUUCCAUCGAGGUCCCUGUAAACUCUGCAGCAAAUAAAUUGGACGACUGGGAACCCUUUCAACAUACUGCAGAUCCAUCCUGCAUUCACGUUGUCCCAACUAAACAACUUAUCCUUGUGUUUCUGUGGAAGCACGCAAUGUGCUAGCAAGAUUUUGCGAUGAAACACCACUGGCUAUAACAGCAGACAGAUCCUCGUGAUCAUGAUCAUAUAAUACAUGAUAAUGUAACACACACACGUAGCAUGUGUGGCACUUAUUGGAGAAAACAUUCAUGAGUGAAGUGCAGAAGGACACAUUUUUCCCCAUGUUUCUGUGAAAGUUUUUUCAAACAAUAAGUAACGUGUUAUGUGAAACAUCCUCCACUUCAUCUAACUUUUGUAUAAAGUGAUCCACACUGCUUGCAGAGCAUAUGUUCUUCGUCAUCCUGCCAUGUGGUAACCAUGUACUAGGCUUUUAUGCAUAUUUUAUACUGUGCAUGUUUUCAGUAUUCUUUUACUGAGUAUGAUAAUUACGAUUUGUAAAGCACAGCGCGAAGGAACUAGUUUAGGACAAAAAUAGUGAGGCUUGAGAUGCACCAUCAUUUGGAUAAUGACUGUCUCUGUGCACUGACUCGUGUAGUCUGUAUUUGUAGUAUAUAAUAUAUUAUUUCGAAGAAACUAGA